CUGUACGGAACCAUCGGUUUAGCGCCGCAAAGGCUUCUGCUCCCGCCUUCCGAUGAUCUCUUAACAGAGACAAUGUAACCAAGCUCAACAGCAGCUUCAAAGAUGGCGACAAAAACUAGCGGCGCCACGCCCUCGCCUACACCGACUCCCCCUCCAGGCACGACGCCCAACCUCGGCCACCCAGAAACAUCGAAAGGACCAAUGACUAUCGCCAUUGGAGUUGUAAUAUCUCUGACCAGUUUGUGCUUCCUUCUGCGCACUUAUGUCAGGAUUUGGAUCAAACGAACAUGGACCUGCGAAGACUGGCUUGCUCUAUUCGCUUGGAUUGGGACAAUCACUUACUGCGGCACUGGAGCAGCCACAAUGGCACACCACGGCGGAGAACACGAGAGGGACUUGACACAAGCCCAGCUCAAAGAGGCAUAUUACUGGUUACACGUAGCCCGGAUCCACUACGCCGUUGCCAUCUGUGUGACCAAGCUCGCCAUCCUCUGCCUGUACCGACGUGUGUUCUCGAUGUACCCGAGGAGCACCUUCGACGCCACCGUCAUCAUGAUGGCCAUCCUGCUCGUGCUAUACUACGUCGCCACUGUCAUUGCCAAAAUAUGGGAAUGCGUCCCACGGUCCCGGGCCUGGGACCAGUCCAUUCCCGGCCACUGCAUCGACAUACUCAUGCUGGUCAACGUCGACGGUGUAUUCAACGUAGUGACUGAUUUCAUCAUGGUCAUAAUGCCGCUCCGAGUGGUCUGGAAUAUGAAUAUGAAAUUCUUAAAAAAGGUCCACGUCGUGUUGGCUUUCACUUUUGGCAUGUGCGCCCCUGCAUUCAGCCUGGUUGGGACCGUUGUCAGAAUACAAGGCCACAAGAACCCAGACAAGACCUGGGUCCAGCCCAAGGUUAUCAUGUGGGCUCUGGCCGAGGUGGCAACAGGGAUUCUCUGCGUGAGCUUCCCCGAGCUUGGGCUGCUCCUUAGGCGCGGCAGGCGCAGGCCAAGUAUGCAAGCGAGCACUGGCAUUAGGGAGGGUCGUUACCGCGAACAGAAUGCCGCGUUCAACGGCAUGCGUCGCAGUCUGCGGACGGUGGACAAGUGGGCCAGCCGCGGCGGUGGGAAAUGUGAGCAUGUCGAGCUGGACGAGGUCAGGCUUGUUAACCCCCCUGUGAAUGCAGUCAUAGUUGAGGGUAGGAAGCCGGUUCGACAUGACCUUGCAAUGUCAUCCAGAAAGGUCGAGAUCACGAGACAGGCCACACUGGACUCAGCUAGUAUUGUGUAA